AGUUCUCAGUUAACAGUCUGGAGCCCUAUUAGGGACUCUCUAGCAAUGGAGGCCAUUGCAAGGGGCUGCUGGGUACCCACUGCCUCAUCCAUGACAUAGAAGAGGGCUGAAUAACCAGACAGCUAGCUCCCUUUGGGAAGCCAACACCCAGGCCUGUCUGAUGCUUGGCUUCCUCUGUGCUUGUAGCUGGACAAGAUACAAAAGCUUCUGGACAUCGACCCCUCUUCGGGGAAGGAAGUGAAGCCUAGCCAUCUGAGCUUGCAGCUGGGCAUCCUCAGGGUCACGGUGUCUGACAUCGAGAAGGAGCUGAUGGAACUGAGAGAGAGCCAGGAUCGAGGCAAGGCCUCCAUGGAGAAUUCUGUCUCUGAGGCCUCUCUUUACCUGCAGGAUCAGUUGGACAAGCUCAGAACCAUCAUUGAGAGCAUGCUGAGUAGCUCCUCCACGCUGCUGUCCAUGAGUAUAACCCCGCACAAGUCCACAGCCGGCCUAGUGCCUGGCCAGAUUGACCCUGAGGCCACCUGUCCAGCCUGCAGCCUGGAUGUGAGCCACCAAGUCAGCCUGCUGGUACAGCGUUACGAGCAGCUACAGGACAUGGUCAGUGGCCUAGCGGCCUCCAGGCCCUCCAAGAAGGCCAAGCUGCAGAGCCAGGACGAGGAGCUGCUGGGCCACGUGCAGAGCGCCAUCCUGCAAGUCCAGGGCGACUGUGAGAAGCUCAACAUUACUACGAGCAAUCUCAUCGAGGACCAUCGGCAGAAGCAGAAAGACAUUGAAGUGCUGUAUCAGGGGAUAGAAAGGCUGGAGAAAGAAAAGGCCGACAGAGAGCACCUGGAGAUGGAGAUCGACGUGAAAGCCGACAAGAGUGCUCUGGCAUCCAAAGUGAGCCGGAUCCAGUUUGAUGCCACCACAGAGCAACUCAACCACAUGAUGCAGGAGCUGGUGGCCAAAAUGAGUGGACAGGAGCAAGACUGGCAGAAACUUCUGGACAAGCUCCUGGCAGAGAUGGACAGCAAGCUGGACCGCCUGGAGCUGGACCCAUUGAAGCAGAUGCUGGAGGAUCGCUGGAAAUCACUGCGGCAGCAGCUCAAAGAGCGCUCUCCACUCUACCAGGCAGAUGAGGCAGCUGCCAUGCGGAGGCAGCUUUUGGCUCAUUUCCACUGCUUGUCCUGUGACCGUCCCUUGGAGACAACUGUGACUGGACAAGUCAUCUCUAUGACCCCCAUAAUUCCGAGCAUGCCAGGGCACCGAUCUGUCCGGCCUUACACUGUGUUUGAACUAGAACAGAUCCGACAGCAGAGCAGAAACCUGAAGCUGGGCAGCAGUUUCCCUCGAGGGGAUCUGUCGCAGAUGGAGAGGAGCGUGGGGCGCCUGCGCAGCAUGCACUCCAAGAUGCUGAUGGACAUCGAAAAGGUGCAGAUCCACUUCGGGGGUUCUGUGAAGGCCAGCAGCCAGAUGAUCCGAGAGCUGCUAAACGCCCAGUGCCUCAGCCACCCAUGCUACAAACGGGGAGCAGAUACAGCAGAUUACACCUACUCAACUGUACCUCGUCGCUGUGGGGGCAGCCACACCCUCACCUACCCCUACAGGCGAAACCGCCCACAGCACCUGUCUCCACUGGAGGAGAUCCAGAUCGCCAUGAAGCACGAUGAGGUUGAUAUCUUGGGCCUUGAUGGACACAUCUACAAGGGACGGAUGGACACACGGUUGCCCGGAAUCCUAGGGAAAGAUGCCCCAGGAAUGGCAAAACACAGCAAGGCUAAGCUCCAGCAGCUGCAGCAACUCCAGCAGCUCCAGCAGCUCCAACAACUGCAGCAGCUGCAGCAGCUGCAGCAGGCCCAGCAUGCCCGGCCCCACAUGCACAGACAGCCGAACAUGGGCACCAUGGGCACUCCACCGUCUCGGCCUCAGAGUGCACAGAUGUUAGCUGACAGCAGUGCAGUUCCUUCAGGGCAAAAGAAAGACAGACCAGUCUCCUCUGAGGGGCGUCUCCUGCAGUCGAACAUGAGUCACUCAUCCAUCCCCACAGACAUGGCAAGUCUGCAGGGUAACCAAUCUGGGCUGAAUAUGCACAUAGACGUGCCUCCCGGGGAGGGGCUGGAGGAGCCCACCCGGGGACCACGGUCCACCACCGCUCACUGAACAGUGACAUAAAUAAACGUUUUUAAAAAG